AUGACUUCCGACAAUAAAUCCCCGACAAAUAACGCAUUGGCUGAUUAUGACACCUGCCGAAUUUAUUUUCAAGGACAAGGUCCUUGCCUGGUCACUAGAACGGCCAUCAAUAAAUGCCCGAUACUGGCAGCACGAAUAGCCGCAAAGCCCUUCUUCUCCAUCUCACGAGAUACUAUAGACGUGAAGGAGAUCCCUUACGAUGUAGGAGCGGCCGUGAUCCACUUCCUCGACACUGGGAGAUACCGAAUUCUGGAUCCCAAGCUCGACUCACAUGACGAAAGACUCUGUUCGGAUCUCGGAACUGCAUUUCGCGUAUAUGCAGCUGCUACCAUGUUGGAGUUGAUCGGCCUCAAGAAUGCCAUUAACAAUGCGAUGGCUAUUCUUGAGGAUAUGAUGGACUUGGGCAUGGUUGCGCGGUCGCUGAAAGAGACUGGAUUGAACUUGGAGGAAUAUCCAACGCUGGCGAUGCAUCUUUACUCGUACAUCCAAAUUUCAGAGGAUGUAUCCUCAAAGGAAGAGAUGACGUCGAUAAUCGCCAAGCUUGGAUUUCCUGCAAGUGUUGAUAUAGACUCUUUCCAGUCCUGCUUGGUAUCUAAGGGGUCACCAGUGGAAGAAGGGAAUACGAAGGUGGAUGCUGUAUCGAAGCCUAAGACGACGCCCGAGCCAAGCCCUGAACCGAAACCAGCGCCAGAACUGUCUUGCUCAAAGGACAAGAACAAUAUAGUUACUACUGUCACUCAAUCUGCUUCCGAGAAAGACCUGCCAGAGACACCCGCCCCGAAAACAACUGCCACAAAAACGUGGAUGAGUUUAUUACCAAAAGUCGACCUGACCAAGGCUUUCCGAUUAAAGAAAGCUGUUCUCGAAGGCCCUAUCGAACUAGGAGAUAGGACAAAGCCGGUGGACGAGAUCAUGAUGCCAGCUCAGGGUCUCUCAGAAGAGUCUAUGGUUUCGGCAAGAAAGCUUGCUUUGUCAUCUGUAGGACAGGAUUCGGAAGAGGGCGAUAUCAGUCUUCAGGAGGUCACCUUUCAAGCUCCUCCCCCAGGUUAG